AUGUCUUGUAAAAUAACAGUUCAUAAAUUCGAAACAGGCGUGUAUUUUAAAUCAUUGCAGAUCUCGAUUGAAGAUGAAGAUAAUGAUUUAUCUAACGCCCAAUAUAGUGAGUGGUUAGAAGAGAGACCGCAACAAAAAGAAAAAGAUAUCCAGAAGCCAUCAUCAUCACGUUUGGUUACAAAAAUUGUAUCGGAAACCGACGUUAACAAUUUCAAUCUGGACUCUUGUGCUCAAGAAAUAGACGAUCAAAAUAUACAAAUACACAAUAUAACACAAGAUGAUUACGAACAGCAAUAUCCUCUUCAUGAGAUAAAUAAUAUAAGUAUUUUGGGGACAAUAAAUGAUUUAAAUAAUAAACCAGAAUUGCAUAAGCAAAUUGAAAGCUAUCGUUCAAAUGGAGAACAAUAUAACAUAAGGGUAAAAACUCCAUCAUUGUUAUUUCAAAAGAACCAAGAUGUAAUUGACAAUCAAUUGACGAAAUCUAAUAAUAAUGAUGGAGAUAAAAGUCCGUUAGAAUAUAGUCUCGAGAAAGUAAAAGAAAAUAACGCUCGUAUAAUGGACAAUAUUCAUAUGUUAAACAGAACUUUAAAUUACACAAAAAAAAAGGAAAUAUUAGAUAUUAUUUGUCCAAAAUCGAUGAAAUCUUAUCCUUGUAAUUCAUGUGGGAAAUAUUUUGUCUAUGAAACUGGUUUAAAAAGACACUAUUCUAUGAGGCAUGCAAUGACAGAAAUGCAGCCACGAUGGCAAAUUGUGUGGACUUGUAUAGAAUGUUUUCAGGUAUGGCCUAGACAGGAUCUAGCUUUGAGACAUUCCAGUCAAUGCUGUAAAUCAGAUAGUAUCGAUUGUGUUCGUGAAAUAAAAACCUCGUCACUGUUACAAUGCGAGUUCUGUGAGAAAGUAUUUACAAGUAUACCAAGAUUACUGCGACAUACUAAAAUGCAUACUGCAGACAAAAAUUAUGAAUGUAAUGCUUGCGAAGCUACAUUUUUGUCCUAUAAGACAGCUGAACAACAUUGGUUAUUAUGCCCUUGGUUAAAAAUGUGUUACAGUUUUUCCUUACCAAAAUUACUGCUUUGUAAUGCUUGCGAUCGUAAAUUUAGAAACUAUGAUCAAUUAUACAAUCACAGGUACAAAAUUGGACAUUUCGCUACAAAAAAUCAUGGCAACAGUAAUGCAGCUGCAACAUUAAUUUACCAAUGUGAAAUUUGUAGCCAGUGUUUCUCAUCUAUACCACCACUACAAAUUCACAAAGCCCAAUACCAUCCUCAAUAUGGUACAGGAAUGCAGUACAGUACUGUAUGUGAUUAAACACUUCAAUGCAGGUUGUGCACAGAUAUUGUAUCUUUAAAAUUGUUUAGCAACUGAGCUAUAAAUAUCAGAAUAGCCUCAACUUGCAAAAUAAAGAUCUCAGGAGGACUGAUUAUUAAAAUAUUUAUAGUCCAUUAAUAUCAUGCAUGACGCAAAGGGCAUAGUCUUUGAAGUGAGGAUAGUGUAGCUGAGAAGAAAAGAGCCUCUUAUUCUGCCUGGAACACCACCCAUUACAUCUGUCAGCCCACAGAAGUGUCCACUAAAUUGAUAGACUAUAAUUUUCUGUACUUAUUUAAUAAUAAAGAAAAUAUAUUA